AAGAUUGGAAUUUUCAUGAGGCGAUGUAAACUACAGUUAUAAGGCACUACCAAGAUUCCAUGUGGUAUGGUGUAUUACUUUCAUUUGAGUGGAAAAAAAAAUGUCAUGUUUCAGUCUCACCCCUUUGUAACUGGCCUACUUUCAACAUUUUUGUGUAGUUAUUGAAACCCAGGUGUGAUAGACUUACUGUAUUAUAUAAGUACAUAUAUUUUAAGUUCUGGCCAUACUGAGAGCUGUGCAAUGAAAUGGGCAUAUGUAAGGACUCUUAAAUAGGCCCUAACAUUUUUGAGCUUGAAAUCAUUAAAACUUGUCAUUGUGUUAUAUCUAUAGGCUGCAUGUGAUUCAUUAUUUCAGAUUAGCUAGAUAGCUGCUGCUUAUUUUGCUAGAAAACAACAGAACAUGUUAACAAGGUAAGAUGCAAGAUUUUAGCAGGUUUUAUGAAAACAGGAGAAAUGCUGGGAACUAAAAGCAAAUUAUUCUGGAGUGCUAACAUAGAUUCACCAGCAGUUAAAUCAAAAUAUCAUUACUUCACUGAAUGAAUGAGAAAAGGUAUUUCACUUUUUUACAAUCCCAAUUCCAAAAAAGUUGUUUUUUGCAGAUUAGUGAAGCUCUGCCCAUCUUUACGUCUGAAAGACUCUGCGUCUCUUAGAUACUCUUUUUAUAUCCAAUCACGUUACUGACCUGUUGCCAAUUAACCUCGAGCUGCUGUUUCGUUUUAGUAACACUUACUUUUCCAGCCUUUUGUUGCCCUCGUCUGAGACUUUUCUGAGACGUGUUGCAGCCAUGAAAUUCAAACUUACCUUGUUUUUUCUUAAAAUGGUACAUUUCCUCAGUUUAAAUAUCUGAUAUGUUUUCUAUGUUCUGUUGUGAAUAACAUACGGGUUUAUAAGAUUUGCAAAUCAUUGCAUUCUGUUUUUAAUUACAUUUAAUUACAUUUUACACAGUGUCCCAAAUUUUUGGAAUUUGGCUUGUACACCGAAGCUUUGAGAUUUUGAAUUUCUAGCAUACUUCUACACAGUGAUUUACAUUUGCAUCCACAUACUGCAAAUCAAACCUAAUUGGACAUUGGAUAUAAAUUGGAAAUCUGAUUGGAUGUGUCUUGUGUCACACUGAUCUUUUCUAAGACCUUUAUGCAUUGAUUAACAUUACCAUUUGGGAAUGUUCUGAACCUUGUGAACAGCUGUGUAUAUAAAUACAAACUGACCUUAUUUUGAUGUCCUGUGCAGCUAAAGAUGUUACAUUGUAAAGAUAAUUUGCCGAUUCAGCACUGUUUAUGCUCAGUGUAAAUCAGGUACUGGAAACCAAAAAGGUGAAUAUCAUAAUAUGUGUUUUUUAAAAAUCCAGAUCCAGUUUAAAGAGAUACAUUAAUGUAUUAAUAUAACUCUUUAAUGCUUACAGAAUUAGCAGAUUUCCAAAUUUAUACAUAUAAUUGGGUGGCAUGGCUCUUGCACAAGUUAUGCAACUAUAGUUCUGAGGUGAAAACUUGGCUUAUGAACUACUCAUAAAACAGGUUAUGUUCCCUUGUACUGUAUGCAUCUGUUGUCUCCCUUGCCCAGGUUUGCCAGCCAUGGGGAACCUCAUUAAGGUCCUUGGCAAGGAUUUAGAGAACUGUCCACAUUUUUUUCUGGACUUUGAAAAUGCCCAGCCCACAGAGGCAGAAACGGCCGUUUGGAAUCAAGUCAGCGCCGUUCUGGAGGAGGCUCAUGGUAUCCUAGCAGAGUUGCAGUCCUACAGUGGAGCAGGGCAAGAGAUAAGAGAGGCUAUUCAGAACCCCAAUGACCUCCAGCUUCAGGAAAAAGCCUGGAACGCUGUGUGCCCCCUGGUGGCCAAGCUGAAGCGAUUCUAUGAAUUUUCACUCAGGUUAGAAAAUGCCCUGCGCAGCCUGUUGGAAGCACUGACGAGCCCACCGUAUGCUCCCAUGCAGCACCUGGAGAGGGAACAGGCUCUGGCUAAACAGUUUGCAGAGAUCCUGCACUUCACUCUCAGCUUUGAUGAACUAAAGAUGACAAAUCCAGCCAUUCAGAAUGACUUUAGUUACUACAGGAGGACCAUAAGCAGGAAUCGACUGAACAAUCAGCAGUUAGAGGCAGAGAAUGAGGUCAAUAACGAAAUGGCCAAUCGGAUGUCUUUGUUUUACGCGGAAGCGACACCCAUGCUGAAAACCUUGAGCAAUGCCACAACUAAGUUUGUGUCAGAGAACAAGACUUUGCCUAUUGAAGACACCACAGAUUGCCUGAGCACUAUGGCCUGCGUGUGCCGGGUCAUGCUGGAGACUCCGGAAUACCGGUGUCGUUUCACCAACACAGACACUAUGCUGUUCUGCAUGCGUGUUAUGGUGGGUGUCAUUAUUCUCUACGAUCACGUUCACCCCGUGGGUGCCUUCGCUAAAACCUCCAAGAUUGAUAUGAAGGGCUGCAUCAAGGUGUUGAAAGAGCAGCCUUCAAACAGCGUGGAGGGACUGCUGAAUGCACUGAGGUAUACAACAAGACAUCUAAAUGAUGACAGCACCUCCAAACAAAUCCGUGCUCUGCUUCAAUGAGGGGAGAUGCCUAGAGAGAGAGCGAUGAAAUCGAGCGAGUAUGAGAACGUGAAACAGAUGAAGAAGGAAUAAGUUGAAAGAUGAAAGUUGUUGUUAAAGAACAAAGUAUGAAGGCUGGAAGUUUUUGGGUGACACACCCUUAGGAACCUGUUUGUUUACAUGAAUGAAAUGCAAAAUGUCAAUUUCAAAAACCUAAAUAGGGAAAAAUGGAAAAAGUAUAUAUAAUAUAUUGUCAGUUGUUCAUCAUGUCUUUGAUUUUGUAAAAAUCAUGAAAAGAGAUUAUAGAAAUAUAUAUAUAUAUGUAGGUAUAUAUAAAAAAAAAAAGCUGAAACAGAACCAUGGCUUACCAGAUGAGAACAUUUAAGAAGAUAAUGCAUAUAUUAAAGCCCUAUGAUCAGAAACAAAAAACAACAACAAAUAAGCUCCAUAUAACUAUGAUUCUGCAGAUUAUUUUUGCACAUAGAUAAUCCCCUUAAUAAUUAUAAAGAUUUUGAAAAUGGCUUCACAUUGUAUAGUGUAUAGUGUGUAUAGUGCCGCUCAGUCUCCGUGCAUUUAACUUCCAUUUGAUUUUUAAAACCCUCACCUCUUCAUCUACACCCUGCUUCUUCCACUGCAUUCUGCAGGAGUAUUUUAAUACUGCACUCCCUUUCCAAGUUUCAGUUGCAAAGUCAAUUCGUGAAUCAUGCCAUGCUAUUUCUUCAGAACUCAGUACCUAUAAAACAAGAGACUUGCAUUGCUGUAUAUACUCGAAAAGCACAGGUUAAGGAUUUUUGUUUGACUUAUUCACUAGUGCUGUACAGCAAUACUGAAAUAACAUAAUAACUGCAAAAGCAGUACAGAAUAAGCUGUUUUGUGCCAGUAUAGAACAAAUAGUGAACAGUUCAUGGACGAAACUAAGGGCCUUAGUGAGACGGACAUGUAAGGCACUGAUUUGGGAAUUGUUCUGCUUCGAUAAACUACAUGAGAAGGAAUUCUAAGAAAGCCAUGAAACUCGAUUUCAGAAGCCACUCACAUUUCACUCAGUGCUGUAGCUACUUUCUCUGCAACCAUCUCAUUUGAGGACCUGUAGUUUAUCAGAGGAGUGCAUUACAUAUCGAGUGAACUACAGGUUCCAAAUAAUCAGCCGCUUAACACCAACCUCCUAGCAGUACAAGAUUAAAACACACCCUUAUGGUGUGUUAAACUUACUGAACGGAAAUACUGGCAAAUCCGACCAUGACACUGCCUAUUAAUGAACUCAAGUUGAAGUUCUGGGCACAUUUAUUCUUAUAGAAAACUGGAAAUCAAUCAUUGUUACUUACACUCACUUACACACACAAACACACACGCACACACACACACACACACACACACACACACACACAAAGGGCCUACAGCUGAAAAAAUGCAGAAUGUUUUGGUGUAAAUAAUUGAAUAAGCGGAGGAUUUUCCACCAGCCAUCUAAAAGGCCAUGGAACUGAUGCGCUUAAAGUCAACUAGAGAAUGUUUCUUUUAGUAAGAUGCAAUUAAAAAAAACAAAACAAAAAAAAACAACAAAAAAAACAAUCAUGUCAUAAAUGAGUGAGUAUUUAAAAAAAAAAGAAAUUGUUUAAUGAAAUUAAGAUGCAACAAACGCAGUGUUGUAUUUCGAUGUCUAUAGCCCUUAGUUUAACUUAAUUUGAUCUGACAGUAUAUUUUUUAUACAGGGGUAUGUUCACAAACAUAUUCUGUAUAAAUAAAUAGGUGGCAUGCUGUACAACUUCAGAUGAAAUUGUGUAAAUACGGUGUUUUUAUUCAUUUUCAAAUGUUCAGUGACUGAUUUGGGUGUGUGUUGUGUCUAAGAAACCUUGCAUUUGGCUUGGACUAUUGGACUUGCUGUAGUCAUAGGUUCCAGCUCUUCAACUUCAUACUGGCGGAGAACGUAAUGGGCAUAUUGGAUCAGGGAGGGAGGGGGCUGUCCAUUUGCUUGUUAUUUUGUACAUUUUGUGCAACAAUAAACUUGUCAUUUAUUAAGUUCAGUUUUGUUUGUGAUCUUCUGC